GUAAAUCCGCAGGAAGUCACAACAGAUAUCCCCGAACUCGGACCACAAAUAGACCCGCGCUAACCCGGCCCCCCCUCCUCUCUGCAACCCGGCUAGUUUCUCCGCCUCCUGAAUCUAACCCAGCUCUGCUCCGCUCGGUUCAGCUUGGAUCUCUUCGUCUCCUCCUCAGUUGCGGAUCUCUCAUCUCACCUGUCCCGCGCUGGACCGUCAUGACGCGGGACUUUUGGCAGACCGAAGUGAGAUUGGCGGGACCGUCAACGAAGGACCGCCGCGUGCCAUAGUGCGCGCGACCGUGAGAUGUCUGAAUGACAGAGAUGGAGAAACUACUGAGUCAGGUGGUUUGUGUGUGUGCGCUGCUGACUGGACGAGUAUCUCCAGCAGAGUUAACCUGUGAAACUUUGACCCUCCUGUCGACCAACCUGACAGCGAGGACUUUGGUGUUAUUCAACCAUACAUUCACCAUCAGUAACACCUCAGAUCUGUAUUGUGACCUAUCUGUGGAUGGUAUAGGGACCUGUUGGCCUCGUAGUGCAGCAGGAGAGAUGAUCUCCAGACCUUGUCCUGAACAGUUGAAUGGCAUCCACUACAACACCACCAACCGGGUGUACAGAGAAUGUCAGUCUAAUGGCAGCUGGGCUCCUCGAGGAAACUACAGUCAGUGCACAGAGAUCAUCAUCCUGAGGAAGAGUAAAGUCCAUUAUCAGGUUGCUGUGAUCAUCAACUACCUGGGUCACUGUAUCUCUCUGGGAGCACUCCUGCUCGCCUUCACUCUCUUCAUGAGACUCAGGAGUAUUCGCUGUCUGAGGAACAUCAUCCACUGGAAUCUGAUCUCAGCGUUCAUCCUGAGGAACGGCACCUGGUUCAUCGUGCAGUUAACGAUGAAUCCUGCUGUAACCGAGAGCAACCAGGUGUGGUGCAGGUUGGUGACAGCAGCCUAUAAUUAUUUCCAUGUGACGAACUUCUUCUGGAUGUUUGGUGAAGGCUGUUACCUCCACACAGCCAUCGUCCUCACCUACUCCACCGACAAACUCAGGAAGUGGAUGUUCAUCUGCAUCGGCUGGGGUAUUCCUUUUCCCAUCAUAGUGGCCUGGGCUUUUGGGAAACUUUACUACGACAAUGAGAAGUGCUGGUUUGGAAAGAAGGCAGGAAUUUACACAGACUACAUCUACCAGGGCCCCAUGAUCCUCGUCCUGUUGGUCAACUUCGUCUUCCUGUUCAACAUCGUUCGGAUCCUGAUGACCAAACUGAGGGCAUCGACCUCGUCAGAGACCAUCCAGUACAGGAAGGCGGUGAAGGCGACUCUGGUGCUGCUGCCUCUCUUAGGAAUCACCUACAUGCUGUUCUUUGUGAAUCCUGGAGGAGAAGACGAAGUCGCUCAGAUCGUCUUCAUCUACUUCAACUCCAUACUGGAGUCCUUCCAGGGAUUCUUUGUCUCAGUGUUCUACUGUUUUCUCAACAGUGAGGUGCGAUCUGCAGUCAGGAAGCGUUGGAUUCGUUGGCAGGAUCGUCACUCCAUCCAGAGCCGGGUGGUGCGCGCCACGUCACUGCCCACCUCACCAAGCAGAGUAUCUUUCCACAGCAUCAAACAUUCCUCUAACCUCUGACAGUCUGUUGGACCUGAACACAUUCAAUCACAACCUGUGAUGUUAUUCCACUCAGCCAAUCAGAGGGAUCAGUGGAUCAGAUCAGACCAGCCAAUUGCAGGGCACAACACAGAUUUAUGGAGCCAAUCAGGCGAGAUCUGUCAGUCAGGUUUCUUCAUGGCCCCACCCCCUUUCAUUAGCUGGCCAAUCACAGGAUGUGAUCAGCUGCUUCUACAGGGUCACAUGUCCUUUUAGGCAGCUGGACAGUGUCCACAUUCUGUAAUCGAUAAGUUUAUUUAUUUAUUAAUAAAUGUGUAAUAAUGUGUUAUUGAUGAGCUGUAACUGUUUAUAUUGUAAUAUUGAUCACCAGCUUUCUACUAUUUAACAGAGCUAAACACACACACACACACACUGAGAACAUUUCCCAUGAGGAAACAGGAAGCUGAACAAUAAUCACACAACUUUACUGUUUGUGUCGUUACCUUGAAACAACAAAAAACUGAUUUUGACAUUGUUGUCCUCUGAUGCUGCAACAAGCUAAUAUGUUAUUAUGUUGUUAUAAUGUUAGUAGUCUGUUAGCUCUGUUAGCAGCCUGUUAGCUUUGUUAGCAGUCUGUUAGCAUCCUCUGAUGCUGCAACAACAAGCCAGUGUGUAAGAAACACAAUUCGAGACCUUUGUUGGAGAGUCACGGCCUCACACAGGCUAUGAAAUCCAAACUUUUAUUUCAUUAAAUCACUGUCACUAUAAACAUGGGAUUAAACAGGGCAUUAUAAAAAACCCCUUCCGCCUGAACACAUCACACAGAGAGCGGAGCAGCCAGCAGGGGGCACUCUUAACAAACUGUCUCUGUUCCACAUCACCUCCUCUAACUGCUGAAGAUCAACUCCCUGAUUCUGCUUCACAACAUCUGGACAGAUACUGAUGUUAAUCCUGGGAUUGAAAAACAUCAUGGCUUUAAGUCCAGAUAACAACAAAGAGCUGCCACACCUUUAAUAUUUGCACUUUCCAUCAGAUUGACUUGAGCUAAAUGUCUAUUCAUUGUAAUUGUUGUGCACAUUUGCACUAAAACCUUGUUUAAAUACAAAGAUGAUAGAGACCAGUAGUACUAACAGUAACCAUAGUAACCAUAGUAACCCCAGUAGCCACAGUAACCAUAGUAUAGUUAGUACCUGUAGGUUAGUACCUGUGGAGGGAAACACUCAGGAUGAAACACAAACUGCUCCUCCUUAUUAUUGUGUGUGUGUGCCUGUGUGUGUGAGUGAGUGAGUGAGUGUGUGUGUGUGUGUGUGUGUGCGCCUGUGUGUGAGUGAGUGAGUGAGUGUGUGUGUGUGUGUGCGCCUGUGUGUGUGUGAGUGAGAGAGUGUGUGUGAGUGAGAGAGUGUGUGUGUGUGAGUGAGUGAGUGAGUGUGUGUGUGUGUGUGUGCGCCUAUGUGUGUGAGUGAGAGAGAGAGUGUGUGUGUGUGAGUGAGAGAGUGUGUGUGUGUGCCUGUGUGUGUGAGUGAGAAAGUGUGUGUGAGUGAGAGAGUGUGUGUGUGCCUAUGUGUGUGAGUGAGAGAGUGUGUGUGAGUGAGAGAGAGAGUGUGUGUGUGUGUGUGCGUGUGUGUGAAUCAGUGGCAUUAUUAGCUGGAAGAAGCUUGAUACCUGAUUUAAACCCAUGACUUUUUGGUAAUAUUAAGUAGUACUAAGUAUUGAAUUUAUAAUGACAUCAUCAGAUGAAGGAGCGCUUGGUUCACCCACCAGCCUGAGUGACUCACUCUGAUGUUCGACAUUUACAUGUGACUCUGUAUCUGAUAAUAUCAAAUCAUGAAAUAAAUUCUUCAUCAGCCUGAA